UGUUUUCUAAAGUUGAAGUUCCGAUUUUGGGGGUCAUAGAGAACAUGAGCUACUUUAGAUGUCCCCACUGCAGUGAGCCUUCGUUUAUUUUUGGAAAAGGAGGAGCUCGUAGAACAGCUGAGGAAAUGGGCAUGGCAUUUAUUGAUACCACUGGAGGGGGAGAUCCGAAGUGGUUCUGAUGAAGGUGUCCCUAUAGUGGUAUCAAAGCCUGAUUGUGCUGUCUCAAUAGCAUACACUGAUGUCGCUCAAAAAGUUGUGCGCAGACUUGAAGAAUUGGCCAAAGAGCAACAACUCCGACCACAGAUAACUCUGUGAAUGCUGCAAUUGGCUUUAGAUAUAGCUCCAGUUCCAUGAUUUGUGGUUGUGGCGGAGUACUCAGUUUUGCUUUGCAGUUUGUCUGUGCUUCCAUUGUUUCGCAGAGAAAGACAGGUGCGGAUUUCGUGCGGCAUGGAUAUCCGGGUUUUAGUUGAGGAUUUGUGAAGGAUGUACAAUUUUGGUGCCGGCGUUAUGUUUUGACCUGGGCUGAAACCCGGUGAUCUGACCAAACAAGGGGCAGGGAGGUUGUGGACUCUGGCCAUCUUUUAAACCUAAAAGGUUGAAUCCCACUCUCAGUAUAACAUGGUGGUGAUGAACAUAACUCCUGUUGUUUUAUAGCUCGUAUGAUUCGACACAGAUUUCACUAGCGCUGACCUUUUGUAUUAUGUUCCUGUGAGGGAAACAAAGAGGGUAAAAACUAAACAAACAGAAGCAAAUUAUACUUAAUAUAUUUACACUAGGAUUGAGGAAAGGGUUUUAAUUGAAAAGAAAAAUAUGAUAAUGGUGGGAGUGUGGUGGUGGUGGUGUUGUUCUGUAAAUUUUAGAAAGGUUAUUUUUAAAUACACGAAAUAGUCUUUAAAUAUUUUUUUUUAAAAUUAUUUCUGAAAAUAGAAGAAUAAUUUUUAAUAUGCAAACUAAACGGUAGCUGAAUUUUAUUUUAUUUUAUUGGGUUGUUUUUGAGAACAACACGAGGAUCUUAUUCUUACUUAAACCUAUCUACCCGAAAAGGAUGGGUGCUCCAUCCCCCAAUAAUCUAUCUCUUGGGAAAUUGAGAUAUAAACUUUUUUGUAUGAUAUAAACUAUAAAUUUUUAUAAUACAUUACUACACACGUCUUAGAUACAAUACCUAGUCUAGAUCAGAUGUUGACCUUAUUACUACUUUACCACUUGGAUUUUGGUGGUGAAAUUGGAAGUUGGUGUCUUGCCCAUUGUGUUAUAAUAAUCAAUGUAAUAAAAUUAAAAAAAAAAAACCUAAAUUGAUCCUUAAUCUAAUCUAAGAAUAGUAGUUGAUGUAAUAGGUUGGAAUCAGAAUGAACUUGUGAUGUUUUAUAGACUAAUUAGGAAUAAUGUGUGUUUGAAGGCACUAAAAAAAUUUGAACAUUGAAUAAUCAAACACAAAAUUGAAGGUUUAAACUGUACAUAAUUCUUAAACAUGAAAUAAUUAAUAUAAACAAACAUGCAUUAAGAUUAUGAUGAGAAUCACAACUAGCUCCUGGUGGGGAAUGACUGAAAGUUGCCCUGUGUGUGUGUGGUUGGGUGGGUGGGUGUCAACUUGAACCUUCAAUUGAUUUCCCUUCAUCCAUUUUUCUCUUUUCAUGCUUUCCAAUCAAAUAUAUAUCUUCUUCAAUUUCCCUCCCUAUAAUUCCAUUUCUUCUCACUCAUUCAGUCUGUGUCUGUCUAUCUUCUUCUCCGAUCUCUGAAUGCAUCAUCUCACAAUCUCUCUCCAAUCCCCAAUUCGAAGCAAUGGAUUUUCUCCAUAUCAAAUUGUUCUCCAGAACCCUAGACUAUUUCAUACCAUUUUCCCCGAUGUUUUGCAAUACAGCCGGAGAAAUCAUUUUUCGAUCUUCAACUGUAGGGGAGUAGAAUUCUCGGCUCCCAAACGCUGCCUUAAUUCACUGAGCUUAGCCGAUAAUGGUUCUGUAGAUGAUGAGAGAUUGAGAAGCUGCGUCGCAAUGAAGAACGUCGAUGUGGCGACUCUCGGAAACCUUUGUGUGGAUAUUGUUCUCAAUGUCCCCAAGUUGCCUCCCAAGUCGUUUCAGGAACGGCUAGCUUAUAUGGAAGAAUUGUCCAAGUCACCGCCCGAUAAGCAAUACUGGGAAGCUGGUGGUAACUGCAAUAUGGCCAUAGCAGCAGCAAGACUGGGACUUCAUUGUGUUGCAAUUGGUCAUGUUGGUGAUGAAAUGUAUGGCCGCUUCCUCUUAGAUGUUCUUCAUGAUGAAGGAAUUGGUACGGUUGGGAUGAGUGACCUGAAUGACAAUGUUGACAGUUCAAGUGCUGCAUAUGAGACACUUCUAUGCUGGGUUUUGGUGGACCCUUUUCACAGACAUGGUUUUUGCAGUCGAGCAGAUUUUUGUAAAGAGCCUGCAUUCAGUUGGCUGAGCAAGCUAUCUAUUGAAGUAAAGAUGGCAAUUAAGCAAUCAAAGCUCCUGUUCUGCAAUGGUUAUGGCUUUGAUGAACUCUCCCCUUGUUUGAUUAUUUCUGUUCUGGAUUAUGCUGUUGAAGUUGGGACAGCCAUUCUUUUUGAUCCUGGACCACGGGGAAAGACCCUAGUGACAGGAACACCCGAAGAACAGAGAGCACUUGACAAGUUCUUGAGGAUGAGUGAUGUUCUUCUGCUAACGUCUGAGGAGGCUGAAUCAUUGACUGGCAUAGGAAAUCCAAUACUGGCAGCCCAGGAGUUGCUCAGGAAAGGGGUCCGCACAAAAUGGGUGAUUGUUAAAAUGGGUGCAAAAGGCUCAAUUCUAAUAACCAUGUCAAAUAUAUCUUGUGCACCUGCAUUCAAGGUGAAUGUCAUUGACACUGUUGGAUGUGGAGAUAGUUUUGUGGCUGCAAUUGCUUUUGGUUAUAUACACAACAUGCCCUUCGUUUAUACAUUGACAAUUGCAAAUGCAGUGGGUGCCGCAACUGCCAUGGGUUGUGGCGCUGGUAGGAAUGUUGCAACCAUGGAGCAAGUCAUAGAAAUCUUGAGGGAGUCAAACCUCAAUGAAGAUGCCAAAUUUUGGAAUGAAUUGCUUGAUGAAAAUUUGGAUAGUGGGGAAAUUACAUUCCUCUCAAAAAUGCUUAUAAACGGAAGCAAUAAUUUGUUGAGCCGUGUUCCCUUGCAACAUGUGGUUUCUGAAAUGCUGCCUAAGCUUGUAUCUGCACGGGUAGAGAGGGUAGUUCCAUCUUGAAAAUUAUUCAUUUCCCCGUGUGUUGCAAGCUUUGAUUGCUCUGACAGAUUCACAGCCCCAGAAGUGAGCUUGAAGUUAGGAUAACUAAUUCACUCUGUUGGUCGUCGGACAGUUGAAUCAGUAUACUCGGUGGAAAAAAUUUAGUUUAAAAAGAAAUGAUGAUUGGCUCGGUUGCUGCUUCAUGUUUGUUUUGGGAUGUUUGCUGCUAUAAUAGGUUUAGUUUAGGAGCAGUACUGAAUUCAGCUAUAGCAGAUAAGUCCGGAGUUCAACAAUUGGGGUUUUUGUUGGUUGUGAAAGCAGCAUUUUAAUCGGUUGUAUGCAUAUCGAGUUGGUUCAUGUUUCGUGUGUUCCAAGUUACUGUAAUUGGAAUUUUAUUUCUAUCAAUUAAAGAUCGGAAAAUAAUGGAUGUGGC